AUGGACCAUGUCUCCCAACUAGCCCCCCCGCCAGAUCUGGGCAAACCCGACGACGACGACGACAAAAUCCUACGCGCCCGGUUGCACGCCCGUCGAGUCGUGUGGUAUAACAAGUCAUUCCCUAUAACGCUCAGCGAAAACGCCGUCUUCGAGCCUGUCUGCACAGGCUCUCCGACCGAUGAAGUCCACGUCUCCGCCGUCCUUGAUACCCGUGAUCCUUUUUACUCUUCCGUUACGCCACAGUUAUAUGCCAUCGGCUGUGCGACCGUCGUCAGCUACCUCCUCGUCAUCAUCCUUCUCAUUACGCCGCGCACAUUCUACGUCGGAGGACCAAGCGGCGGUGCCAAUUUCCUCGGACGCCAUGGCAUGAUCAGCGGCUCGUACAGCGCAAAUUCGUCCGUUGUCGGAGUCGGUGGGCGGCCAUGGCUGCAGAAAGUGGCGGCGAUCCUCGUGGCGAUCUCAUUGACCAUCGCGACGGUGGAUUCUUUCAAGGUCGCAGAGCGCCAGUACAACUAUGGCUAUUCUGACGCCGAGGCGCUCACCGACGAGGUGAUUGAUGGGCUGGAGAUUCGUAUAGUACGCGUGAUUUCGAGCACUUUCUUGUGGCUCGCGCAGGUUCAAACGUUGAUUAGGCUGUUUCCGCGACAUAAGGAAAAAGUUAUGAUCAAAUGGGCAGGUUUCGCGCUGAUCGUACUGGAUACCACGUUCAGUAUCUUGGAAAAUUUCUGGGUGAGGAAGUCGUCGAACCGACCCAGAUUAUACGACGAUGCAAUUCCUGCUUUGAGCUACUUGUUUGAAUUGUCGCUCAAUUUGCUCUAUGCUGCUUGGGUCAUCUUUUAUUCGAUCUCCAAGCAUCGAUUCGCCUUCUUUCAUCCGAAGAUGCGGAACAUUUGCUUGGUAGCUCUUCUGUCUCUAUGCGCGAUUUUGAUACCAGUGGUGUUCUUCGUGAUGGAUAUUGCCAAACCGGAAAUUGCCGGUUGGGGUACUUAUAUUCGGUGGGUAGGAUCGGCUGCAGCCAGCGUGGUUGUGUGGGAGUGGGUGGAACGCAUUGAGGCCUUGGAACGAGACGAAACCAAGGAUGGAAUUUUGGGAAGAGAGGUAUUUGAUGGCGAUGAGAUGCUUGACGUCACCCCAUCUGAAGAGGUUGACUGGCCACGUUAUUCAUCACAAGGAAAUGACCGAGGUGGUGGUAACGGUGCCUCGUCUGGCUGGGGUGGCAUGAUGGGCUUGGCCCAUCGUCCUCUACGAGCGCGGGCCGGACUACCUCGCGGAAACCGCAACAAAGGCACGGGGGCGCCGCCAUACAACCAGAAUGCCGCAGCAGGCCCACGAGGUUCAAAUAAUCGCCCAACGCCACCCCCGGCGGCUAUCACACCAGUCAGUCGCGCGGAUACGACCAGCGCGGCGAGUACAAUAUACAAUGUCAGAUACCAUCCAGUCGCUAGCCCGACUCCUCCGGUGGCAAUGCCUCACAUGGAGGAGGAAGAGGAAAUAGUGGAAGACAAGGAGGUCGAAGGCGAAGAACACACGCCAAGUGUGAAUGAAAACCAGAUGUCGACACACGAACCCCGAGAAGAAUCACCGCAGAUCGUCCAGGCGGAUCCCCGAUGGCACGCUCUUCUCCAUCCUUUCAGAAGGCGGCGUGCUUCCCUGCCCAAAGAGGUGGCAUUUGCACAAGCUGGAGAAGAGCCCUCAGAACACAGACCAUCUGUCGCAACAGGUGGAGAUGGAGAGACAGAGCCCAGUGGCACUUACCCUCGGAGAGAUCACUUCUUCUCACUUCGAAAUGUUCGUCCGGGCUCUGGCUCGCAACAAACCGACGGUCAAUUGCAAGUCACCGUGAUCCCGGCGCGCCGGCGCGGUCAGCACACAUGGUCCCCGCAGAAUCGACUGCUAGAAAGCCAACCGGAUGGAACAGGGGGGAACCACCCUGUAGAACCUCCACGCCAGGUGCCAUCCUCCCGUCGUCCCGGGCUCCCUGUUCGAGUCAUCCCCUCGCAACCAUCCGCGUCUGCUCCGUGGACCGAUGCCGAUGUCGAGCGGGGUGGCGGAGACUAUGUCCUACACUAUGAUCCGGAAACUGCGGCGCUGGUUGAUGAGAACGUCAAUCAUGUGACAUCCAACGGGCCAGUCACGGACUUUGAUCAGCGAAGCUGGACAGAUACCACUAUUUCCGAGGAGAGAAAUGAUGUGGAUGAGCCGGCUGAACAGGCUGAAUCACACACUGGGCCUCAACGUACGCCUCCAGUGGAACGGGGAUCCGAUCAACAGGGUCACCCUUCACCAAGAACUUGA